AUGUCCUCCCUGAAACUCACGCUCAUCUCUCAGGUUCUGCUGCUGCUGCUGCUGCUGCUGCUGCUGGAGAAUAGCUGGGCGCUCUCAUGUUUACCCUGUUCCGAUUUUAAAUGCCGAGAGCUGCUGUGUCCCGGUGGGAAAGUGUUGGGACCCUGUGGCUGCUGCUACCAGUGUGCCAAACAGAAGAAAGAGAGUUGCGGAGGCCCGUUCAGAAUUGCUGGGGAGUGCGACCUGGGGCUAAAGUGUGUGACCAGAGGAAACUUCAAAGGCGAUAUAGGAGUGUGUGAAGAAAAACAACUGACAGAUGAUAAUGAGUUCAUGGUGUGGCUGAAGGCCUGGCUGAUGCGCAGAAGAGGGAAACCAUGACCUGAGGAGAGCCGACACAAUGGGAAGAAGAUGAAGAGGAAUUCGAUUAUUACUAAAGAUUCUCUCCAUAUGAGCACUUGUCCUUCUAUUGGUCAAUAGUCCACUAUAGAUCUUCUGUAGAUUAGACCUUGUCUAGCAUUAACUACAUACCCAGUAUAUGUAACUGGACUUUGAGUUUAAUGUAACAGAUUCUUUGAAAUCAAAACCUAAACCUAAUGCUGAAACUAACUUCCCCCCCAAAAUUAAACACGAUCCUAAGCCUAAGUGUGAUGUUGUAGGGAAUGACAUUCAUCAGAUUGUUUAACAGUUUAAGUGGACAAUCCAUAAAGCAGUGGCUCCAGUCCUGGUUCUGGGGGAUCUACUAGCCCCUCACAUUUUAGUGUUCUUGCUGCUCCCAACACACCUGAUCCAACAAAUCCGCUCAUUAACAAGGCCUUGCUGAGUUGAAGUGGAUGUUUUUUGGCAGGAGAACAUUAACCCUUAGAACCCUAUUUUUGGCAUUUUGGGUCAAUUGCAAUUACAAUU